UGAAAUUCAUAAUUACUCAUUUUUCAGAGGGUUUAGAUUUCAGCUUCAGCUUUAUUAUACAAAAUCAAUUAGUUUAAAUGGUUAAUUUUAUCUAUUGGAAAAGUAAUAUUCACGAUGGGCGACAGUCUGCUAAGUAUGGAUGAGUUGGAAAUGCUCACAGCACUUUAUGAGUUUGAGGCAACGUUGGCUAAAACCUUGAGUUUUUCCGAAGGUGAAUUCUUCUUUCUGCAACAGACAAACACGAAGCAAAGAAACUGGUGGCAUGUUGUUAAUAGAAAAGGUCACGUAGGAUUUGUGCCAUCCAAUUAUGUAGCUACAGUCAAGGUUGAGCCAGACUUCUUCUUAGCAUUUAUCAAUGAUUGUAUCAAGAGUUUGAAUGAGUGUAAUGCAAUGACAACCCAAAAACAAGAGCUGUUGACAAAAUUGAAUGAGAAAAAAAAGCAACUUCAAGUUUUAGUGAAGCCCCCGAGUAAGAAACAGGCAGCUCCGAAACCACCACUCCAUUUGGAUGAGAACACUCCUCCCAAUGGGGUGUCACCGUGCUUUGAUUUAAGGCCUGUGGUUUCACAACAGCAUAUUUCUGAAGAGCGGCAGUCCUGCUCAUCGCCAUCUAAGUCUGUGAACAGUACAGUUACUAAAGAUAGUGAUGAAGAGAAAAAGACAACCAGUGCCAAAUCCCCUUCUAACCAGCUCUCAUCGGAUACUGACAAUCAAGAUGAUAACAGUCAAGAUAGUAGUGAGAGCAUCAAGCCCAAUGCCAUAUAUGAGAUUGUUCAAGCUGUGCGCAAGGAAACACAACUCAGCCAUGAAAUGUCCAAAGUUGCUGUUGAAACAGUUUUGAUUUCAUUAAGAGAAUUUCUCCCUGGAGGAGCAGCGAGGUCUAUAAUCGACGCGCUUCUGCGUGAAGCCAAUAGCAACAUCACAUGUCCUAAGAACGCCAUUGACGCCGCUCCGGACGCCUUGCGCAUGAUGACAGCGCUCAAUGUACUGUCCAAAGCGGCGAACGACGCGCAGCAGCGAGGCUGGGCGCUGCACGACGACGCGCACGACAUACAAACACAGUUGUUGGAGCUUAUAUCUGUUAUGUCAAAUGCAGAUGUGAACAUAUCGCAGCAUGUUCUAAGUAGUCACCGCUACGUGUACGUAACUACCCUCGUGCAGUACUAUCAGAUGGAGACACGCUGGCCGCUCCGGCAACUCCUACUGCAGGCAUUUGGAGUAAUGUGCGGGUUGGAAAGGACAGCGCUGGCAACCCUGGCCCUCUCUGCGCUUCCAGCAGAAAUAGCGCGAGACAUGAUCGACAAUCCUCACGCUGUCAGUCGAUUGUCACACUCCGCUCUGCUGCUAUCUAUGGUAUUGUCUAUGGGUGACAAGCUGCCGAUUACGCAUUUUGAGCAACUUGGCGUAGAGUUCGCGCAGUUUCUCCUACAACUGAUUGAGAACCCGCCAGAAACGGACAUGGAUGAACAGAUUCCAGAUCUUUUCCUCACUCUCCUUCUGGCGUACAACCUACAGUUCGAGAAUCCAGCCGAAAAUCUCCUACUCAAUGCUCUCGAAACUAUCGACAAUGCUAAAACCUUCUGCGAGAAAGUUCUUUUGCUGUUCAAUCGGGAAGAGGACCCAGUGCACAUUUUCGACCACGAACCAGCGCCUCCGCACUCAGUGUUUAAGCUGGUAUCAGAUCUGUUCAGCCGCAAGAAGACCGCAGCACACUUCUACACGAACGACCUCAAAGUGGCCAUUGAUAUCAUUGUGAGGCAGCUCGCGGACCUCGGCCCUGGAGACAUUUCUCGCCAACAAUACCUCAAGAUCCUGCAAGGCAUAAUCCGUAACACGGACUACGGCACUCACGUGCACCGACGCGAAGACCUGCUGCGUUGCUUCCGCCGCAUCUUCUGCGAAGAGGGAGAUCUAAGCCGGGACGACCAGGCGCUCGUGCGGGCCAUCUCCAACGAAUUCCCACAGUUCUUUAAAUCUUAAGGUAUAUUUACUUUAGAUCUAAUUCAUGAAACGCAGAAAGGUCAGUUAUCUGGGGCAUGACCGGCACCGUCUCCUUCAGACCAUUAUGAUUGCCAAAAUUGAGAGAAAUAGUCAGUAGAAAAAGAAAGGCGUGGCUUAGAAACGUCCGGGAAUGGACUGCGAUAAUCAACGUAGCACAACUUUUCUGCUUGGCGAACAAGA